AUGUCUGACCAAAACGAUAAAGCACCCGUCCGCGACACGGCAGAGGACGAUGCCUACUUUCCUUCGCCCUUCUCUCUCACACAGUAUGUCACUGCUAAGACAGACUUUGACGGUGCCGAUUACCCCAACAAGUACACCGGGGGCAAGUGGAAGAUUCUUGUAAUCUGCACCCAGGAGCGCUACCUCAAAAUGGCAGAUGGCAAGUUCUUCUCUACUGGUAAUCACCCAGUCGAGAUGCUGCUGCCAAUGUACCACCUUGACGCUGCUGGGUUUGACAUCGACAUAGCCACCCUCUCGGGAGAUCCUGUCAAGCUGGAGAUGUGGGCUUUUCCCCAGGAGGAUGAGGCAGUCAAGUCGAUUUACAAUAAAUACAAGGAGAAGAUGCGCAGCCCGCUUAACCUGUCCGACCUCUGGCACCGUGGAGACGGUACAGGAUCCGAUCUGUGGCACAGUGGAAAUGGCAAGGGUUUUACUGAAGACACGCCUUACCUAGCGGUCUUCAUUCCCGGCGGCCACGGCGUGCUCAAUGGCGUACCCUUCAGCAAGACUGUCGGCGAUGUCCUCCGAUGGGCUCAUGCCAACAACCGCUUUUUUAUCACCCUCUGCCACGGGCCCGCUAGUAUCCUCGCUGCUGACGUUGGCAAGCCCGAGGGAUCCAAGUUUAUCUAUGAGGGCUACAGCAUCGAUGUGUUCCCCGAUUCACUGGACGAGGGUCCCAAUAUCGACAUUGGCUACAUCCCCGGCAAGAUGGAGUGGCUCGUCGGCGACCGACUCAAAAAGCUCGGGGUCAAGCCAAUCAACAAGGAUAUCACUGGUGAAUGUCAUCGCGACCGUCUGUUGCUGACUGGCGAUUCACCUCUGGCCUCGAACAACUUGGGCAAGCUGGCAGCCAAGACACUGUUGGAUGAGGUUAACAAGUAA